CCCUGGGAAGCUUCUACCCCUGCAUUAAAGCAUCUCUCCUCCGAAUGGUAUAUUCCAGCGUGCAGCCAACUAAAUCCGUCAGCUGAUGCUGCCCCUGCUCUCUCCUCGUUACUUAGAUUCCUUCUUUCAUUGCAGCUCUCACUUUCUCUUCCAAACUGGAUUAACAGGCAGCUGGGCAUGCGGCGCGUCCCUGCCAAACGCUGAUGUGCCUUCUUCACCUUCUCGCCUCUUGGGGCUUAUUUUAUUCUCAUCAACUUCCCUCCUCUCCCUCACUCCGUUGACUUCGACCCUGUCGCCCCCGGGGAUGGGUUCCAAUUUUAACGACGUCGUGAAGCAGGGUUAUGUCAAGAUCAGGAGCAGGCGUCUUGGUAUUUAUCAGAGAUGUUGGUUGGUUUUCAAGAAAGCGUCAAGUAAAGGUCCGAAGAGGUUGGAAAAGUUUUCUGAUGAGCGGGCAGCUUACUUUCGAUGCUACCAUAAGGUCACAGAACUCAAUAAUGUGAAAAAUGUGCUUCGGCUCCCCAAAACCACGAAGAAGCACGCUGUAGGGAUAUUUUUCACAGACGACACCUCAAAAACCUUUGCCUGUGAAUCCGAACUUGAAGCUGACGAAUGGUGCAAGGUGUUGCAUACGGAAUGUUUGGGGACAAGAAUAAAUGAUAUCAGUCUAGGAGAACCUGAUUUAUUGGCUACGGGUGUAGAAAGAGAGCAAAAUGAGAGAUUCAAUGUUUAUUUGAUGCCGUCCCCUAAUUUAGACAUCCACGGGGAAUGCACGCUGCAGAUAACAUUCGAGAAUAUCUGUCUUUGGGAUAUUCAGAACCCCAGGAUGAAGCUGGUGUCGUGGCCCCUGAGUUCACUUCGGAGGUACGGCAGGGACCCGGCAUGGUUCACUUUUGAAGCUGGCAGGAUGUGUGACACAGGGGAGGGACUGUUUAUCUUCCAGACCAGAGAGGGUGAAGACAUCUAUCACAAGGUUCACUCAGCGGCUUUGGCAAUUGCAGAGCAACAUGAGCAUCUGCUUCAGAGUGUCAAGAAUUCCAUGCUUCAGAUGAGAAUGAGUGAUAGGACAGUUUCUCUGAACACCAUGGUGCCCCUGCCACGUAGCGCUUAUUGGAAGCACAUAACAAGGCAACACAGCGUAGGACAACUUUACAGUCUGCAAGACCUCAGUAAUCCUCAGAAACUUCACCGAACGGACACUUUUCCUACUUACAGAUCGGAGCACUGAUAGAGACUCCCAAGGAACCCAAUUGCACAAACUGUUUUGGUUGACAAGAAGAAUUGGGAUUUCUUGACUGCGCAGAUCUUUCUAAUCCACUGAUGCAAUUUUUAUACCUUCACUAAAAAUGCGCUUUGUAGACAUUCAAGGAAAAGUUGGUUUCAUACUUGACCAUAUGAACUGGACAAUUAUUAUUUUUUUUUAAUCUGAUCCAUCUGAAAAUCUAUUCGUCUGUCCAUUGUGGUUUGAAGUGACUUUGAUUUUUGUGUGAUAUCAAAAUGUAUUUUCUUCUCUUAAUUUCAUAUGGAAACAUAUUUUGUAAGCCCAUCUACACUGUUCCUAAACUUUGAGACUGACAAUAAGGGUCUGAAGCAAUGCGUUACAUGGAAAAUGUGUACACCAUGAGGCCCAAGUAGGGUGAAAUUUAAAGUGAGUAUUUAUUUGCUGUCCUAAGUGCUCCUGAAACUUUAGUAAGGGGACUUUGGGUGAGAUGUGGGGUGAGUGGUUAUGAUCAUGGCUCUUAGAUUAUUGUCUAUAUUUAAAUAGAUGAGGUGAGUGGGCCCAGACCUUAGACUGAAGGCCAGUGAGGGUGAGAUUUGGGGUGAGUGCUUAUUUGGGCCCUGGUUACCCCUGGAAAUAUAGCAGGGUUAAUUUUGCACACAGGCACAACUACAGUAUUGGAAACUGCUACUGGCAAGGUUGUCUAGGGCGGCUGGCCAUAGCAGGGGGACUGUUACCCAAUGUUUCUAUAUAUCUGUAACCUUGUUAUGAGCUAAGGGGGCCCAGCCUGAAGGCCAGUUAGGGG